AUGAUUACGGAUCGGCCUGUAAUAGACAACAAAGGCAACGUUAGCAUGAUCGUGGGUGUGGCGAGUGACAGCCGCCCGUUCAAGGAGCAGAUUCAAGCGUUUAUCGGCGGCUGCAGCAGCAGCAUGCACGUCAGCACGUCUCUUGGGCCUGUCUCCACUGUGUCUCCUGCCGCCGCCACUUUUCAUUCUGCUGCUUCUUCUCUGCCUGGUUCUGCUGCUGCUGUUGUUGCUGCUGCUCACCUUGGUGCUACUGCCUCCUUAGGGUCGGAGAAAUUGUUUGGGUACACAGAGGAGGAGGCUAUGGGGCGGAACAUAGUGGAGCUUCUGUGCUGCAAGAAGACGAGCCACGCCGCCUUUCAAAUCAUUGCGCGCCUGCAGGAGGGACAGUGCUGGACUGGCAACUUCCCUCUCACCAAGAAAUCAGGCGAGGUGUUUGACGCAAUGAUAACAGAUCGGCCCAUAAUUGACAGCAAGGGAAAUGUGAGCAUGAUCGUGGGAGUGGCGAGUGACAGCCGGCCGUUCAAGGAGCAGAUUCAAGCGUUCAUCGGCAGCUGCAGCAGCAGCAUGCACGUCAGCACGUCCCUUGGCCCUGUGUCGACUGCUUCUCCUGGUGCCGCCGCUGCUGCCGCUGCUUUUCAUUCUGUUGCUUCUGCUCCCCCUGGCGCUGCUGCUGCUUCUCCCCUUGGUGCUGCUGCUUCCACUCCUGAUGGCUUCCCAUCGCCAGCCACGCCACUUGAGAGCAUCCCAUCGCCAACUGCAGCAGAGGACAAGGCAGGGGAUAAGGCAGAGCAUUGGCAGUUAGCACAAGGCUUGAAGCCACUGCAGCUGAAUGUGACCACUGCACCCCUGCGACCGAUCCGGGUUCCUGAAAACGCGACCAUUUUUGCAACCGGAAAUGAAACUGGAGGUGUUCCUUCCCGUGUGGCUCGUGUGGCCUCCCGGCUUUCUGCUGCUCCUCUGCGUUCUCCCUCUCACACGAGCACCACACCUCUGCGUCUCCCUGCGUUGGCCUACACAGAUGAGGCUGAUAUGACUGUGCCGCAUGCAGGCCUUGUUGGUCGCGGCUCGGGAGCUCUGGGCUUCCAGGGAGAAGGAGAUGAUGGGGGAGAAACGGCAGCAAUGGCGUUUGAUUUCCCGAAGGGAGAAACAGCAGUGCCAUUUGAUUUCAGUGCAGAAGGGGGGCCGGGAGGAGGAGAAGCAGCAUUACCAUUUGAGUUUGAUGCAGAGGGCGAGGCUGCUCACGCGGAGGAGCAGCACCCGUGGCACAUACCUUUUGCUUCAACUGUCCUGUCCCUGGCUGGCAGGGUGGCACAGUCAAUCGGGCAGGUGCGCAAGCGCCUCUCUCCCACCAGCUCCACUGUAUCCUCUCAAACCCACCUCCACCUCGCAGAACCCAUGUCACCGCAGCACCAUCUCCCACUGCCACCACCAGUAGCAGCAGCAGCUGCUGCAGCUGAGGCUUCCAUAUCAGAAACUCGUUUGGGUGGGGGCCUGCAGAGGAGGGUGGUGCAGUGGGGGAGGAGUCCCAAGGCGAGCAGGCUGAGUCCUGAAGGGGACAGGCUCAGCCGUCACAACAGCGGCUCUGGUAGCUCUUGCAGCAGUUCUACCACUGCUGGCGCCGCUGCUGCUGGGGCUGGUGGUUGGGGCGGUGGUGGGAGUGACAGUGCAAACCGAUUCGCUCCCUUGCAGCCUGAAACGUCCCCUGCUGCUGCUGCUGCUGCUGAUGCUGCUCCUGCUGCUUCUCCUUGGCACGGUUUUGGUUUCAAUUCUGGUAUUGCUGGUGAUGCUGGUGCUGAAGGUCGUGCUGGUGUCGGUGCUAUCGUGCCUAGUGGUGCCCGUGCGUCUGCUGCUCUGGCAGCUGCAGCUGCAGCGACAGCGUGCCAUGCACACAUGGAGGAUCUGAUUCUGGCGGAAUCUCCCAAGUGCGCGGGCGGCAUGGGUGGCACGGACGGCAUGGGCGGCGCGAGCGGCAUGGGCGGCGCGGGCGGCAUGGCUGGUAUGGGAGACAUGGGAAUGGGGGAUGUGAGCAUGGGAGGGCAGGAGCAGAGGGAUAGGCUCUUUGAUCCGCCUCUCAGGAGGCUUCUGGAGAGGCAGCAGGGCGAUGUGAGCAUGCGAGAAGGAGAGGAGGAGCAGAGAAACGCUCUGGCGCAGUGGCAGGGUCUGGCACAGGGUAUUGGCGAUGGGCAGGGCAGUGGGGGCGCUGGGAGGGAGUUGCGGGUGGAGAGGGAGCAGGGCAACAGGGAGAGGCAGGAGAGGGAGCGGUUUUGGGAGGACGGGGUGGCGCGGUGGGAGAUUCGGUGGGAGGACAUUCAGCUGGGGCAGGAGGUGGGGCACGGGGCGUGUGGUACGGUCUAUCACGGCACCUGGAACGGCUCAGACGUGGCAGUGAAGGUGUUUGCACGGCACGACAUCAGUGGUGAUUUCAUCACUUUUGAGGCGCCUCAAAAAACCGCGAGACAGGAGACGACUUUUGAGGCGCCUCAAAAAACCGCGAGACAGGAGACGACUUUUGAGGCGCCUCAAAAGGUGUUUGCACGGCACGACAUCAGUGGUGAUUUCAUGCGCGACUUCAAGAAAGAGAUCCGCAUAAUGGAGAAGCUGCGUCAUCCCAAUAUUCUUCUCUUCAUGGGAGCUGUGGCAUCUCUCGACCAUCUCGCCAUCGUGACAGAAUUUCUUCCCCGCGGUAGCCUCUUCCGCCUGCUCCACCUCCGCACUGCUGGGCUCACCCGCCUGAGACUGCUGCGCAUGGCACUGGACGUGGCUCGGGGAGUGAAUCAUCUGCACAAGUGCUCGCCCCCUGUAGUGCAUCAUGAUCUCAAGUCCGCCAAUCUGCUCGUUGACAGGAACUGGACUGUUAAGCCCCAGUGGGUGGCCCCAGAGGUGCUUCGCAAUGAGCCCUCCCUCUCCGUAUCACACCUCAGUUCCCUUACACUCAUGGCUUCUCCAUCUCCGUCCGAUGUAUACAGCUUUGGAGUGGUCCUGUGGGAGAUGGCAACGCGACAGGUGCCAUGGGACGGGAUGAACCCCAUGCAGGUGGUGGGGGCUGUGGGCUUUCUGGAGCAGCAGCUGCCUCUGCCGACAUCCAUUGAUCCAGUCAUGAGACUUCUCAUCUCCGACUGCUGGCGCAGGUACGAUUACAGCAGGUGCAACUGGGGCGGGUGCAACUGGGGUGGGUGUGCUGGCGCAGGUACGAUUACAGCAGGUGCAACUGGGGCGGAUGCAACUGGGGUGGGUGUGCUGGGGCAGGUGGUGGGGGCUGUGGGCUUCCUGGCGCAACAGCUGCCUCUGCCGCCAUCCAUUGAUUCCGCCAUGAGGCUUCUCAUCUCCGACUGCUGGCGCAGGAAUGGCUGGGGAAGGUGUGUCUAUGCAAGCCCUAACGAGCGGCCAUCUUUCGAUGAGAUCACAUCAAGACUGAAGUUGAUGGUACAGGAACAAGAGCAGCAGCAGAUGGAUGGAAGGCGAGUGUAG